GCUCCAUUGAACCGGAUUAGCUGACUGUACCAAAGACAGCUGUCACUUCAAUAAAGCAACUGAAACAAUUUAAAUCUACAGGUUCGUCCGAAGCGAAGCGGUAUGCAGAGUGGACCGGAGUCUCCAGAACGUUCCGUGUAGGUCUGCAGCACAGAGUGUCAUUUUAAAAACACCGCUCACCGGAAAUGAACGGAAUCAGCAGCGGAGCUAACAGGCUAACUGCUAACUAACGGUUAGGAUGUUGAAUAAACCUUACUGAAGACUCGGUGACGUUACCAGGGAGUCUGCGUGACGUCAUGGACUCCCUGUUGGACUUUGAGGAGUGCAUCAAGGACUCACCUGAGUUCAGACUGACUCUGGAUCAGUUUGAGGCCGAUGUUUCCUCACUGGAGACCCACCUGGAUAAGGUGAUGAAGCUGUGUGGGAAGAUGGUGGAGGCGGGACAAGCGUACAACUCGGCCAAUAAGCUGUUCCUGAGCAGCCUGGCGGAGCUGUUGUCGUAUCAGAAGAAGGAGACGGUGGUGAUGAGCUGCCUGAACCAGUUCCAGCAGGGUUUGCAGGAGAUGCUGAGCUUCCACACGAUGCUGCUGGAUCAGACCCAGCGAGCCAUUGUCCAGCAGCUGUCCAGCCUCUGCUCACAGUUCCUGCCCCAGCUGGUCGACACCAGGAAGGAGUUCGUACGGAUCGGAGAGGACCUGGAGACGGCAGCGGCGAAGAACGCUCAGGUGUCGCGGCACAAAGCCGCCGACGCGGAGCGGGCGAGCCACCUGCUGCUCGCCACACGGAAAUGUUACCAACACUUUGCCCUGGAUUACUGCCUGCAGCUCAACACCUUUAAAACCCAACAGAAGAUGGACGUCCUAAACUCUGUGUUCUCCUUCGUGCACGCUCAGUUCACCUUCUUCCACCAAGGCUUCGACCUGCUCAGAGACCUGGAGCCCAGCAUGAAGACCCUGGGAGCUCAGCUCUCGCAGCUUUCUGCCGACUGCGCUACCAAGAGGAAGGAGCUGGAGAACCGACACCUGCUGGUGCAGCAGAGGGAUGCUUCAGGCGAGCCGAUGGUCAACUCGUGUCCCAGCAACGGUGCCGUCAUCCAGGGAUACCUGUUCAAACGCUCCAGGAGGAAAUCAAAGACCUGGAAGAGAUGCUGGUUCACCAUAAGAGAUCAUCAGCUCAUCUACAAGAAGUCCCACAAGGAGGACGCUGCCGUUCUGUUCGAGGAUCUCCGACUGUGCGCUGUGAAGCCUGCAGACCACAUGGAUCGACGGUUCUGCUUCGAGCUGCUGUCGGUCCAGAAGUGCUGUGUUCUGCAGGCCGACUCUGAGCAGCUGAAGCAGGCGUGGCUCAGCGCUCUGCAGGGCAGCAUCGAUCUGGCCUACAGGGAGAGGAGCGACGCUCAGCUCACACAGCCCAAAGAUCCUCCCCCCGUCCUCUCUGCCGGUGACGCUUCUCCAGGUCCACCCUCCCAGAGGCCGGCGGUGCUUGCCGUGGCCCUGGGGGGCCCUGGGAACCAGCGGUGCUGCGACUGCGGGCAGGAGGAGCCGCGCUGGGCCUCAGUCAACCUGGGAGUCACCGUGUGCAUCGAGUGCUCCGGCAUCCACAGGAGCCUCGGUGUUCACCUGUCCAAGAUCCGCUCCCUGACUCUGGACUCCUGGGAGGCUGAACAGCUGAAGCUGCUGUGUGUUUUGGGAAACGAUGUGGUGAAUGGGAUCUACGAGGCCAGAUGUUCUGAGGAAGGACGAGUCAAACCCGGCUCCGACAGUCCGAGGUCAGAGAAAGAGAUGUGGAUCAGAGAGAAGUACGUGGAGAAGAGGUUCGUUCAGAGCAGCAGCUCAGGUGGAGCCAGUAAGUCCUACUUAACCCAUGAUGCUACAGGACAUAUGGCCUCCAGUCAAAACCCCCUAAUAGCAGCCCAGAAGGUGGAGACGUUCCUGGUAAAGCUUCGCAUGGCGCGGAUGAACGAGGAGAUGAGGGAUUCAGAGGGAGUGUUCAGUGGCACCGGUGAUGACGAGACGUUUCAGGACAUCUUCAGGGACUUUAGCAACAUGGCAUCUAAUGACCCGGAGAAACUCAGGAGGCAGUUCGUCCGAGGAGGCGAGGAGGAAGAGGAUGAAGGAGAUAAAAACAGCCAGGCAUGCGCUGACUGACAGGAAGGGAAUAUGGGCCGUCCCUGUUACCAUAGUAACAGUUAGGAUGGACGUUUUUAAAUAAUUAGAGUUGGACCAAACCUGAGAAGAUUCAUGUUUGUUUUCUGUUGAUGUUUUAGUUUGUGGGAAAAUUAUUUAUCGGCUCUGAUGGUGAAGUGGAGCUCACUGCAGACAGACAGGCGGUUCUGUUCUGGGAAUCAUUCAUGUUCCCGGCCUCUCCGGCUGAGUCUGAUGAAAUGAGACCAGGAGACAGGUUUUAUUAAUCACUGUGAAACGGUUCCAAUCAUUUCAGCCGGUUCUCUCUGAGGGACACAGAAGCAGCAGGAAGGAUUCAUCCUGGUCCAGUUGGACCUGCAGGAGGACAGAGGAAGACAGCUGCAGCUGAUGGACCCGGGUCAGUCAGGCAUAAAGCAGGAAAGAGUUAAACAGACUUUCUUUAUUUCAUAGGAACUCAUAUUGCUAUACAAAGUCAGAAGAACUUGAUCAGAUUCUUAAAGAGUCUGGACCAGAGAAAAGGGAUCAACACUAAACUCUUCGGAUCAGCUAAACCACAUAAGCAGAACCUGAUCUUCACUGUAUGAGAAUAUGGACCAUAAGUUCUCAGAGUCGUUUCCUCUGUAAUGAAGUCAGAAUUGGUUCUGAAGUUUGUGUUUUCUGCUCUGAAUGGACCCGGCUGCUGUUUGAAAAAUCAGUGGCUGGACUUUGGUUCUGCUGCUGCUGAAUAAAACCACUGAAUGUCU